GGAGUAUUAAUACUUGCUUGCCAGCAAGCGGAAGUUUAACAGCAGAGCCGGUCUGUUGGGGCAGCUUGCCGGCCACGCAGGAUUGGCGCGGUAUUGAACUUGAAGGCCCUAUGGUGGUGUACUCUGAUGAUCAUGCCUUUUCGAAUGGCCAGCUUUGCCAGCCAAUAAUAGUAGAAACUGAAGAGCCGUUGGGGGUGUCACCGAAGGGAGGUGCAAAGAACAGUGCGUUAAUCAAGCCUCGGGAUCUUGACAAUCUUAGGAAGGGACGCCCAGGGUGCGCUCAAGAAGUGAAUGCCAGGGAAUAAGUGGUCUUCAAAGGAUGACCAAUUGCUGCUCUGACUUUGUGACCACAUUGACUCCUAAAAGUUCAUGUCCAUGCACGCCAGCUAGGUUGCAUGUCACAGCGGCAGUUCCUAAACCAGCUCGCGGUUGUUUAUCAAGUGCUGCAAGGCGAGAGUGGACCGCCAAUUGGUGGUGGCCUUGCAAGAAAAAUCUCCGUGGUGUUAUCAGGAGUGGUAGAAGCCCAUGGUCAGAGUCAGUGCCUUCAAAAUGCAGAGUACAAAGCUGGGGAAAGAGGAGCCCAGGCCCAAUAAUCAGCUUGCGAUGCAGUGGUGCCAACAUGGCAGGCAGCCAGCCCAACACCCUACCUUUGGUGGCCAAAGUGAAUGUCCAAGCCCUCAACGUCCCCCUUCUGAGCCCGUUCACGGUGGCCAGCGCCGUUGUGGAACAAGUGAACAAUGUAGCUGUUCAAGUCAUGCUUUCAACUGGGCACUCUGGUUGGGGAGAGAUUUCAAUCAUGCCACCCAUAACGGCGGAGGACCAGCCGUUUGCGCUGGACGCAGCCAAGAGAGUUGCGCAGUGGCUCCCAGGACAUGCUGCUAAUCCUUGGCAAGCAGUGUUGAAAGAAGUUGCAGCGCACAUACCUGGACAUCAAUAUGCUGCGGUGCGUGCGGGGUUCGAGAUGGCGCUGCUAGACGCGCUGGCUCAAAGCCAGGAAGUGCCCCUAUGGCGCUUCUUCGGGGGAGCGUCUGACAGGGUCACGACGGACAUCACAAUUCCUAUCUGUCCCCCUCAAGAGGCUGCUGCCCUUGCUUUUACUUACAAGCAGCAGGGUUUCGAGACCAUAAAGACGAAGGUUGGAAAAGAGCCGAAGGACGACAUCAUUCGUUUGCGGGCCAUCAGGUUCUCCCAUCCCCAGUGCAGAUUGAUUCUGGACGCAAACGAAGGGUACACGCCCAAUGAAGCGCUGGACGUCCUGCGGCUUCUUCAAGACGCUGGGAUGAGCCCAAUCCUCCUGGAGCAGCCGGUAGCCCGAGACGACUGGGAGGGCCUGAAAGAAGUCACGCAACAAGCGAAUCGAGUCUACGGAGUUUCCGUGGCGGCGGACGAGAGCUGCCGCAGCGCCGCUGACGCGAGGCGGAUCGCAGAGAACAGGAUCGCGAACGUGCUUAACAUCAAGCUGGCGAAGUGCGGGGUGGCCGGAGCGCUCGAAACGGUCGCCAUCGCCAAGGAAUAUGGGCUGGAGCUCAUGAUGGGGGGCAUGGUGGAGACGAGGCUUGCGAUGGGGUUCGCUGCUCAUCUUGUCGCUGGAGUUGGCGGUUUCAGGUACGUCGAUCUCGACACGCCGCUCCUCCUCGCCAGCGAUCCAGUGCAAGGGGGAUACUCUGCAUCGGGGCCCCAUUACUCUCUUGGCUCCACAACGGGACACGGAGCUUCGUUAGCUGUUGUUGAGUCGUAGGAGACAGACUCGAUUUCGGAUGCGAUCCGAGGGUCGAUACUCUUGCUGUUGAUUAGUGUACAGCCGCAUGGGACGAGCAGGGACAUAAGGUCCGUUCAAGCCCCAUCAGUGACCGACAAUUUGCUGUCGAUAGUAGACUAUUGUACGUUGUUCUGACCUGCACGCAAUUUUACUUCAGUACCAGAAUCUACUCUCAAGCAUUUCCUGCAAGCGACGUCCUUAUUGCAUGUGAAGCGCCC